GGCGGCGGGGGGCGGGCGGGGGUGGAGGCGCUCGGCGGGGCCGCACCGGCAGAGCCGCUCCAGCGCCGCCGCCGCCAGCGCCUCCCUCGGCCGCCGACCCGCCGGACCCCGCCAGCGCCUCCCUCGGGCGCUGGGGGCGGGCGGCCUCCCCCGGGGCGGAGCCGGCGCCAGCGGCGGGGGCGCGGAAAUCGAGGCCGGGGCUCCGUCGCGGCCUUGCUGGUGCUGCGGGAGAAGGAGAAGGAGGCGGAGGCCCCGCGCCGCCCCCGCCGCCGCCUUUGUCUGCGCGGGGCCGGGCGGACGCGGCGGGGCCGUGAGAAUGGAACUGACUGAAGGCCCUAUGAGAAAAAGGGAAAGCUAAGGAUGCUGGAGCAGAACAAUGGAUUUCUCUUUCUCUUUCAUGCAAGGGAUCAUGGGAAACACAAUUCAGCAACCACCUCAACUCAUUGACUCGGCCAACAUCCGCCAAGAGGAGGCCUUUGAUGGCAGCGGUGACAUUGCCGAGGAUGGGGGCCGGACGCCGUACGAGGCCGCGCUGCAGCAAGGCUUCCAGUACCCCACGGCAGAGGAGCUGCCCCCCCUCAGCAACGGCUACCCCCCGGCCAUCAGCAUGUACGAGCCCCAGGGCAAGUACCAGCCCUACCAGUAUCCCAACGGAUCGGCCAACGGCUUCGGCACGGGCAGGAACUUCAGCCCCCCGGAGUAUUACCAGCUGGAGAACUCCAACGCCAGGCCGCACGAAGUCGUGGAGAAACCUUCCCCUCCUUCCCAGCCGCCGCCUCCGCCACCACCUUCAGCUCCACAAGUGGGGAUUCCAAAGAAGACUGGCUCACCAGAGAUCAAACUCAAAAUAACCAAAACUAUCCAGAACGGCAGGGAAUUGUUUGAGUCCUCCCUGUGUGGGGACCUGUUGAAUGAAGUCCAAGCGAGGGAGUACGCUAAGGCAAAACACGAAGGGAGGAAAGAGAAAAGGAAAAAAAGUAGCAAGCAUGACUCUUCCCGCUCGGAAGAGCGCAAGUCACACAAAAUUCCAAAAUUAGAACCAGAGGAGCAAAAUAGACCAAACGAGAGGCUUAGCACACUCUCUGAGAGACCAAGAGAAGAAGCAGUGCUGGAGGAAGCCCCGGUCCAGCAGCUCGUGCCGUCCCUUCCCACGCAGGUCACCCACGACGUCAAGUUCCAGGUUGGGGAUCUGGUUUGGUCCAAGGUGGGGACGUACCCGUGGUGGCCUUGCAUGGUGUCCUGUGAUCCACAGCUUGACGUGCAUACCAAAAUUAAUACAAGAGGUGCCCGGGAAUACCACGUGCAGUUCUUCAGCAACCAGCCAGAGCGGGCCUGGGUGCACGAGAAGCGCGUCCGGGAGUACCAAGGGCACAAACAGUACGAGCAGUUACUGGCUGAGGCAGCCAAGCAAGCCAGCAACCACUCUGAGAAACAGAAGAUUCGCAAGCCGCGGCCGCAGAGGGAGCGAGCGCAGUGGGACAUUGGCAUUGCCCACGCCGAGAAGGCGCUGAAAAUGACCCGGGAAGAGAGGAUAGAACAGUACACCUUCAUUUACGUAGACCAAGAGCCGGAGGAGGCUUUGGCCAAAGCCAAAAAGACUGCUGCUUCCAAAUCGGAGGCCAAGAAGAACCGGCGGCCGAAGGUGGCGCCGAGCUCGCAGCCGGAGCACGCCGGCGCGGCGGCCGGCUCGUCGCCUUGCCACGGCGAGCGCCGGCAGGGCCAGCGCAGGCAGCCCAGCCCCGAGGAGGAGGAGGCUCCCCCCGUGAAAAUCGCCUGGAAAACAGCUGCGGCUAGGAAGUCCCUGCCGGCUUCCAUCACCAUGCACAACCUGGAUCUGCAAAAGUGUAACAUGUCUCCGGUUGUUAAAAUUGAACAGGUUUUUGCCCUUCAGAAUGCUGCUGGGGAUGGAAAGCUCAUCGAUCAAUUUGUUUAUUCCACCAAGGGAGUUGGUAACAAAACAGAAAUAAGCGUCAAAGGACAAGAGAAGCUGAAUUCUUCGUCAGCUCAGAGAAGUGAGAAAGCAGUGGUGCAAAACGCGUCCUCUCCUGAGACAACUUCUGGGGCAGCAGGUUCUGUAGAAAAGAAGCAACAGAGAAGAUCGAUUCGAACCCGCUCCGAGUCUGAGAAAUCCACCGAAGUUGUGCCAAAGAAGAAGAUCAAAAAGGAGCAGGUUGAAGCUGUCCCACUGGCAGCAGUGAAGACGGGGUUGCAGAAAGGUGCCAGUGAGAUUUCAGACUCUUGUAAACCCUUGAAGAAGAGAAGUCGUGCCUCCACAGACAUGGAACUGACCAGCUCAGCCUACAGGGACACGUCUGACUCUGACUCCAGAGGACUCAAUGAUUUGCAGGGCAGUUUUGGGAAGCGUUCAGACAGCCCCUCAGCCACUGCUGAUGCUGAUGCCUCAGAUGUGCAGUCAGUGGACUCCAGCUUAUCCAGGAGAGGAACUGGAACAAGUAAAAAAGACACUGUUUGUCAGAUCUGUGAGAGCUCCGGCGAGUCGCUGCUGGCCUGCGAGGGCGAGUGCUGCAGCAUGUUCCACCUGGAGUGUCUCGGCCUGAAGGCCAUGCCUGAGGAAAAGUUCAUCUGCACCGAGUGUAAGAACGGAGAGCACACGUGCUUUUCCUGCAAGCUGCCUGGCAAGGAUGUGAAGCGCUGCUCUGUCAGCUCCUGCGGCAAGUUCUACCACGAGGCCUGUGUGCGCAAGUUCGCCACGGCCCUGUUCGAGUCGCGCGGCUUCCGCUGCCCGCAGCACUGCUGCACCGCCUGCUCCAUGGACAAGGACAUGCACAAAGCCAGCAAAGGUCGCAUGGCGAGAUGUCUGCGCUGCCCCGUGGCCUAUCACUCUGGAGACGGCUGCAUCGCUGCAGGAAGCUUGUUUGUGUCAUCCCACAUCCUCAUCUGUAGUAACCAUUCCAAAAGGACUCACUCCUCAUCAGCUGUAAAUGUAGGCUUUUGUUUCGUUUGUGCAAGAGGGCUGGUAGUGCAGGACCAUUCAGACCCCCUGUUCAGUUCCUAUGCCUAUAAGUCCCACUACCUACUGAAUGAGUCAAAUCGUGCUGAGUUGAUGAAAUUACCUAUGAUUCCUCCUCCUUCGUCAGCUUCCAAAAAGAAAUGUGAGAAAGGUGGCAAACUGUUGUGCUGUGAGUCGUGCCCAGCUUCCUUCCACCCCGAGUGUCUCAGCAUAGAAAUGCCAGAGGGAUGCUGGAAUUGCAAUGACUGUAAAGCUGGCAAGAAGCUGCGGUACAAGCAGAUCGUUUGGGUCAAGCUUGGGAAUUACAGGUGGUGGCCAGCAGAGAUCUGCAAUCCCAGGUCUGUGCCUCUCAACAUACAGGGCCUCAAACAUGAUAUCGGGGACUUCCCAGUAUUUUUCUUUGGUUCACAUGACUACUAUUGGGUACACCAGGGCAGAGUUUUCCCUUAUGUUGAAGGAGAUAAAAGCUUUGCUGAGGGGCAAACUAGUAUUAACAAGACCUUCAAGAAAGCACUUGAAGAAGCAGCAAAGCGUUUCCAGGAACUGAAAGCACAAAGAGAAAGCAAAGAGGCAUUGGAAAUUGAAAGGAAUUCAAGGAAGCCUCCGCCCUAUAAACACAUUAAAUCCAACAAGGUGAUCGGGAAGGUGCAGAUCCAGGUGGCCGACCUGUCGGAGAUCCCGCGCUGUAACUGCAAGCCGUCGGACGAGAACCCCUGCGGGCUGGAGUCGGAGUGCCUCAACAGGAUGCUGCAGUACGAGUGCCACCCCCAGGUGUGCCCGGCCGGGGAGCGCUGCCAGAACCAAUGCUUCACCAAGAGGCUCUACCCCGACGCCGAGAUCAUCAAAACCGAGCGCCGUGGCUGGGGCCUCCGCACCAAGAGGAGCAUCAAAAAGGGUGAAUUUGUGAAUGAAUAUGUUGGGGAGCUGAUUGACGAGGAGGAGUGCCGGCUGCGGAUCAAACGUGCUCACGAGAACAGCGUCACCAAUUUUUAUAUGCUAACUGUAACCAAGGACCGAAUAAUAGAUGCUGGCCCAAAGGGGAACUACUCUCGUUUUAUGAACCAUAGUUGUAACCCAAACUGUGAAACACAGAAGUGGACAGUGAAUGGUGACAUUAGAGUUGGACUGUUUGCUCUUUGUGACAUUCCUGCAGGGAUGGAAUUAACAUUCAAUUACAACCUGGAUUGCCUGGGCAAUGGCAGGACCGAGUGUCACUGCGGAGCAGAAAACUGCAGUGGCUUCCUGGGAGUGCGGCCCAAGACAGCAUUUGCAACGGCAAAUGAAGAGAAGGUGAAAAAUGCAAAACUAAAGCAGAAGAAACGGAAAAUAAAAACAGAACAGAAGCAGAUGCAUGAAGAUAACUGUUUCCAGUGUGGAGAUGGGGGAGAGCUGGUCAUGUGUGAUAAGAAGGACUGUCCCAAAGCAUACCACCUCCUAUGCCUUAACCUGACUCAACCACCUUUUGGAAAGUGGGAAUGUCCAUGGCAUCAGUGUGACAUCUGUAGCAAUCCUGCCGUGUCCUUCUGUGAGUUUUGCCCCCAUUCCUUCUGUAAGGAUCACGAGAAGGGAGCCCUGGUGCCGUCGGCGCUGGACGGCCGCCUCUGCUGCUCCGCGCACGACCCCAAAUCUCCUGUGGCACCCGAGUACUGGAGCAAGAUCAAGUGCAAAUUGGAAGCACAGAAUGCUGUGGAAGAGGCAAAGGAGUGAAUUUGGUUAAAAACAAACAUGGGAGGGGAGAAGAGGGGCAGCAGGCGAUGAACUCAGAGUUUACAAUGCCACACUCGGCUUUGUCCUCGGAGCUGUCACGUGUGAGCUGGAAUGGGACCAUUGACCUGAGCGAGAAGGACCAGGCAGUGGUGUUUGGUUUUUAUUGUUUGGUCUUUCUUUUACCCUUGAAUGUGCUACAGCAGCUCUUACUGUUGGAAACCAGGAGCGUCUUGGCCUUUGAAGAAAACCGUAAACCUUUUGACAGUGAAAAGAAUAUUCUGUUUAAAAUAAUGUUCUUUGAGUGUAGAAAGCAAAGCAUAGCCACAUAUUUAUUUAUUUAAUUUUGAAAGGGUGUUGAAGAUCUGGCUUUGAUCAGUCAUCGUGUCUUUAAAAACAAAACAGCGAAGCCAACGUAACUUUUGUGUCUAGUUUAUGGAAAGAGCAAAGCCUCUCCCCUCUGUAACACUGAGAUGCCAAACAGACAGGUGUGGGUGUCAGACCAGGUGACUCUGAAAUGCCUCUGUUCCAGUACUUAUUGUUAAAGGCAUUGGAGAAGGUAGGUUGUCUCUCAUGUUUACUUAUGAAUAUUAUUGUGAAGCUUUUCCUGUGAGAAAUCAGGUGUGUGACUUCUGGGAAGUGCUCGUAACACAAGGUCUGGCAGUGGGGAAGAAAUGGUGGUGCCUUGCUCCAGAGCUGUCUUGGGUGUUUGCAGACAUGCAAAAAUGCAGAGUUUAAUUGCACAGUGGUCAUUUCUGUAUCCCACCUAUUUUGGAAACCCCUUCCAGGCAGGAGAGGCUCCCAGCCUCAGUCAGAGCUGAAGGCAGUCCUGCCAUGGGUUCCUCACCUGGUUUGGUGGCAGUUACUGAGUGAUUCUUCAGUCCUGCCUUCUCAGGCUCCCCUUGGCUUCAGGGAGACUUGGACACGUGAGGGACCUGACCCAUGUGCAUGUUGGUCUCGAUGGAGUGUUAAUAUUUCUUUGUUGAGAGAGAUCUUCUAACUUUAAUCUUCAUUGUUAAUGGAGCUGAGGAACAUCUCAGCACUUCCUCAAUGAACAGGGUAUUUUGUGUCUGGGUAAGGGGCCAUAUCCCAGCAGCCAGCUGAUGCCUCAGGAGAUGGUUCUGUCUUGGAUUUCCUCUGUUAAUCAGAGAGACAGACUCCUUCAGUGAGGCUGUCAAAGUGGCUUAUGUUGGCUCUUGCUCCAGAAUUUUUUUAGAAAACCUAUAUUCCUCCAUUUUUUUCUGCAAGGAGCCACAGGGCACUGGUGUCCCCAGGCUGGAGCUAGUUUUGGUGGCUCUUCCCCCCCAGCCCACGCUCUCACCAAGCACUGUCCCCCCUCCCUGCCCUGGUACAGCGAGUACUCCUGACUUGUGUGCUGAUAACAGCUGCUCCCUGCCAGCCUUUGCUCGUGGGUGCUGAAAAUAAUCAAAUGUUGCUGGCAUCUGGCUGAACUGAGCCUUGGAAUUAAGAACCUUGUCUCUGGAAAACUGCUUACACAAACCUGUGGGAACACGGAGACUUCUCAGAUCAAGAAAAAGCCUGUGUGGAAUUUAGAACGUGUCUUGCUUCUGCUGGUGUCCUUCUCAUCCUCAAACUGGUGUACAGGGGGAGUUUUUUGUGUGUGCAAUGGUAGAGUGAUGGAUACACUACAGCCCCUGAGCAGCUGCUGGGUCCUGCCCACACCUCCCUUGGGGUGCCAGACCCCACAGGUGGCUGGGGCACUCCUGGGACAGCAGCUCUUGGGAUCCCUAAAGCACUUCCUGCUGUGAGCCAUGCUCCAGUGAGGGUCUAACACUAACCCUGCUGGAAAGCAGUGCUGGAUUUUGGUAUUUUUAAAGAAAAAAAAAAAAAAAGGUACAAAAAGGAUUUUAUUUUUCUUAACGUUUUGUGUGGGAAAUGUCUCUUUUUAUGCUCUUAUUGAGGAUGUUUAACCUUCUCAGAAAUUCCAAACACAGCUCUUGCUACCACGUCUGUAGGGCCUGAGGUGUUCACUUUAUAUUCUUUAUUAGGCUUGAUAAUGUUCAGUGAUUUUCUCUGAAGUCAGAGCAUUCUGAUAGUGCAGCUAUCAGCUGAUAUAUUUUAUAUAUAUAUAUAUUUAUAUCUCUAUCUAUAUAUAUAUGUAUAUCUCUGUAUCUAUAUAUCUAUAUAUAUAGAUAGAUAGAUAGAUAUAGAUAUCAGAUAUGCUGCUGAUACUGUGCUGCUGUGUGAGUGCCCCAACCUGCUCCAUUCAUUCUGUGUCCAUGGUGACCUGCUGAGCAGAGGGACGUGGUGUGGCAGCACCAGGACACCUUGGGAACAUUAGACAGGAGCCACAGAGUGGCAGUGGCCACCCUGGCCGUGCCACAGUGCUGUGCCAGGGCACAGAAGGCCUUAAACUUCUCAAAUGCUGUGAUGGAGGCUGCUCCUCCUCCUGUGCCACUUUGUGUUCAGACUUCUUAGAGAUGCUUCUUUUUUUUCUCCACCAAAAAGUGAUUUGUAGCCAGCCAGCAGCUGGGCUUGGACUCAGGAGGGAAAACAGGAGAGGUUGUUUAGUUUGUGAACAAAACUUUGAUCUGAAGAGGACUCUUUCAAAAAGCUUUAAGGUUGUUAGAUGAGAGCAGGCCAGUUCAGAGAUCUUGGUGACUGCAGGGCGUGUUCUGAGUGCCAGGUUCAGAUGCUGAAAUGUACAUUUUAACCCCGACUUUGUAAGCUGAGUGACCAGAAUGUAGUUGCUUAGUGCAGCUCCUUUGCAAGGAAAGGAUUGCACAGCUGUUCUGAUGGAUUGCCUUCAGCAGAGUGGGAGGCAGCUGCUGAAUUAAUUUGUGUGGGCUCCAAAAUAAGGAAUCUUGGAUAGUUGGGUCAUUUCAUGCUGAGACCUAGGGGAAAUCCACAGAACUGCUAAUUUUGAUGGAGAACUGCAGCGUGCUGUCCCAGCACAUUGUUUUUCCUUCAUGGGAACACAGUGACAUGUUUUUCACCUACUUUCAUGUUAAAUUUUUGGGGUGGCCCCCACACUUCUGAUGACUUCCUGCCUCCAGCUCUGGCCUGAGUGAGCUGCCCUGCCCAGGGAACAGGGUUUGUGGUUUACUGGAGCUUCUUCUCUGCAGCUGCACCUGUGCACAGUGCAAGCAUCCUGCAGCCUGUGGCCAGAUGAAUCUAGAAGCAAGAAUUCCACGAUUCUGUGAUUCCAGUGGUGCAGAGGCUGGCUCCACCAUUCCUGAACACAUUGUGCAAGCAUUAGCUGUUGUAGCUGUCAGAUUAUUGUACAGAUUUGUCCUGUCCAUAGGCUGUUGAAGGUGUUUGCAGCUCAGGAUGGAAAUUUCAUGGGCAAAUCACCUUCUCUGGUCUUGGAGAAUCAGUUCAAAUGGAGUAAUGGGGCUGGAAUGUGGAUUUUUGGCCUUUCUUCUAAAAAAAAACCCUUCUUUUAUCUUAAUUUCAGGAUAGAAUGGGAAAGACACAAUUACUAGACGUAAUUAUCAAUGAGCAUAAAAUCUGUAUAUAUUGAAACUUUACAGAAUUAUGUGGGGGGGGAGGGUGGGAUGAGGGUGUCCGACGCUGGUACGGAGAAGUCACUUUAACAUGGAAACCUCUGCCUCAUUGAAUUCAGGGUUUAACGUACUUGAAGCUCUGCGGUUCCUUUUACAGCUUUUUUUUUAUUUAUACAUGAUUUUUUUUUGUAUACUGCAUUGAAAAUGUCCUUGACUUCCCCCCAAGUUCCUUCCUGCUCCCUCUGUCCAGUGGAUCCACGGCAAACGGGAGGGUUUGGGAGCAGCUGGCUCGGAGGUGUGUGCUCACCGGGUGUCGAGUGGGAGACGGCGACCUUGGAGCAAUGCUGUCCCUUUGCUUCCCAUUCCCAUCAGCUUUCCCCACCAUUUCUCUUUGUGUAGCAAAAACAUUUGCACUUACGAUACACUCCUACACGUUGGAUGUAUUCCCAGUGUUGUUCUGAGGGAAAAAGGAGAAAGAAAAAGGCAAAACGGGAAGAAAAGAAAGGUUGUUUCCUGUGAUACUGUAUUUCCGAGUGAGCAGCUCAGGUUUGUGUUCCCCUGGGAGGGGUCCUGCUGCUCCAGGGAGCUGGAACUGUGCUUUGUGUAGGGGAUUUCUGUGAUUAAUGUGAAUAAAAAAGGGAAAACAUGUAUGAAUUUGCCAAAGCCAUUUACCACUCCCUGUGCCCGGGGGCUGUGCCCUUGCUGUGCCACCACCAGCUCCAGGGGCAGGCAGCUGUGUGGGGUCCCUCUGGAGAUGCCUGGGGUCCCUCUGGAGAUACCUGGGGUCCCUCUGGAGAUCCCAGCUGCCUGGGGUCCCUGGGAGCCCCCCACCUUGCCGUUCUCUCUCGCUUUUGGGUCAUAACCAGCCUGGAUGACCCCCUGCGCUCCGUGUUCCAGGUGGAUCUGUAUCUCAUUUUGGUGUCACUUUUCCACCCAGCCAGCGGCGCUGCCACAACCCCCCCAGGGUGAUGCUGUCCCACCUGAGCCGGGGCUCGGGGGUUGCAUUCGGGGUGCUGUGAGGACCCCAGCCCGUCUGUCUCCACGCGAGCGAUGUUGCACAACACAGAUCCCCGCGGAUCCGUCUCCAUCCCCACGUGCUCUGUAAGAUGGACCUUUGUAGAGUCGUUAUUUCUGUAGACUUUGUUUAUCUGUAACAAACUUUGUAGAUUCUGUGAAAUGUUAUUUUAACGAAAUCACUCGAGUCUUUAAUAGCAAAGCGUCGAUAUUCACCGGAGUCGGUUUGGAAGAGUUUUUGGACGCAGAUGCAGCCCUGGCACUACCGAGGAGUGUCUGAUUCCACGGGGCAUUACUGUAUCAUGACUUGAUGUUGCCGCAUAGACUUUGAGAUAUCCAAUAUUUUGGGGGGUUUGUGUUGGCCUCUGUCCUCUUGCAUAGUGUGAAGCCUGUAAAGCUGGUUCCCUGUACAUAGAUAGCUCCUGUCCUCUAGGUAGAGCGUAUCGAGACUUGCCUGUAAUAUUUUAGCUUCUUACUGACUGUGUGUGAUGGUAGAAUAUAUAAUUUUUGUACAUUCUAUUUACUGAGAUGUUGCCUUUUUUUUUAUUUUAUUUUACAAAUACUCUGGAAUUCAGAUGUGUUUUUUUGGGUUUUGGUUUGGUUUUUUUGUUUUGGUUUUUUUUUCCUUUUUUUUUUUUCCCUUUUGCUUUUCCGUGAGGCUUCCUUUGGAAAGAUUUUUAAUGACAUUCCACUGAUCUGAAUUUUUUUUUUUGCUUGAGGUUGACUUCAAUAAAUCGUUCUGAAUGUU